UGUGGUGUCGUUCGCAGACAGACCCUGCCCUGUGUAGGCUGGCUAGACUAGGCACGGGUGUACAAUUACAUCUCGUCGUGUUCCUCGGACAGUGCUGUUAAACUUCAGAAGUGGGGAGUCCACGGACAGUCGGUGACCGUUUCUCAACAAAUCGACAGAUCAACCAGCAGACCGGCACUAUGAGGGAAAUAGUUCACAUACAAGCAGGCCAAUGUGGUAACCAAAUUGGAACCAAGUUUUGGGAAGUGAUCAGUGAUGAACAUGGCAUCGACCCAGCAGGAAACUAUGUCGGCGACUCAACUCUGCAGCUGGAGAGGAUAAACGUUUACUAUAACGAGGCAUCCUCCCAGAAGUACGUUCCACGAGCAGUUCUGAUUGAUCUGGAGCCUGGCACGAUGGAUAGUGUUCGAUCAGGGCCUUUUGGUCAACUUUUCAGACCUGAUAACUUAAUUUUUGGACAAACAGGUGCAGGGAACAACUGGGCAAAAGGCCAUUAUACCGAAGGGGCCGAGCUGGUGGACUCUGUGCUGGAUGUGGUGAGGAAAGAAUGCGAGCACUGUGACUGUCUGCAGGGGUUUCAGCUCACUCACUCCCUAGGAGGAGGCACAGGCUCUGGAAUGGGAACACUACUCAUCAGCAAAAUCCGAGAGGAGUAUCCCGACAGGAUUAUGAAUACCUUCAGCGUCAUGCCUUCUCCAAAAGUGUCAGACACUGUAGUUGAACCUUACAAUGCCACCUUGUCCGUCCAUCAGCUGGUUGAGAAUACUGAUGAAACAUACUGCAUCGACAACGAGGCCCUUUACGACAUAUGCUUUCGCACACUCAAGCUCACCACUCCCACGUAUGGGGACCUGAACCACUUGGUGUCAUCGACAAUGAGUGGGGUCACCACCUCCCUGAGAUUCCCAGGACAGCUCAACGCUGAUCUACGGAAGCUAGCUGUCAACAUGGUGCCAUUCCCUCGCCUGCAUUUCUUCAUGCCUGGUUUCGCACCGCUCACAGCCCGUGGCAGCCAGCAGUACCGUGCUCUCACAGUCCCCGAGCUGACACAGCAAAUGUUUGACGCCAAGAACAUGAUGGCUGCCUGCGACCCAAGGCACGGGCGCUACCUAACAGUGGCCACCGUCUUCCGGGGUCCCAUGUCGAUGAAGGAGGUGGACGAGCAGAUGCUGGCUGUCCAGAACAAGAACAGUAGUUACUUUGUGGAGUGGAUUCCAAAUAAUGUCAAGGUGGCAGUGUGCGACAUUCCUCCCCAAGGCCUCAAGAUGGCUUCCACGUUCAUAGGCAACAGCACCGCUAUUCAGGAGCUGUUCAAGCGAAUCUCAGAGCAGUUUUCUGCCAUGUUCAGGAGAAAGGCUUUCCUCCACUGGUUCACUGGGGAAGGGAUGGAUGAGAUGGAGUUUACAGAGGCAGAAAGCAACAUGAACGACCUUGUCUCUGAGUACCAGCAGUACCAGGAGGCCACAGCUGAUGGAGAGGAGACAUUCGAGGAGGAAGAGGAAGAAGUGAAUGAAUAAACAAAACAAUCAUUAAUUUCCAAUAUUCUGAAUUUUCAUUUGUAUACCUUUCUCAGUGUUUAUUUACAGUAAUUAGAUUCCUACAUACGGGUUUAGUCUAGUAAUGUAGGUGAAUGUGAAGAAAACUUUCACAGCUCGUCAUAUAACUGAAUCACUAAUAUGCCUUUUGGGCAAGUACAGUUACGGUUCAGGUAUUAGAACUUUAUAUUACUGCACAAUUUUAUGAAUGCAGAGAUUCUGAUUUAGUAUUUAGAAUUACAUUUGGUAAGAAUAAGGCUCUUUUAAUAUUGCAGUGCUGAAGUUGUGUUAGGGAAAAAUAAAAUAAAAAUACUAUGUAUGAGAUUUACUGUUUAGUUUAUUAUUUCACAUUAGCUCAAUUUUUGGGGGGGCUAAAGAGCAAUUCCAUAGAAUCUUUGGCUUGAAUUUACUUACACUGGCUUUAAUUAGUCUUGGGAGAAAAUAUCUCCAAGGACUAAAAUAAACCUGGUAUCCCAUCAAAUGUAUGAAAGGUAGUAAACCCACCCCUCGCUAUACUGCGGAUUCAGAUAUAUAGCAGUCCUGGAGUUGGCUCCCCGUUUUUACUAACUGCAUGUG